AAAUACUUACUUAGUGAAAGUGUUAAGAAUAUAAGAAGUUUAUUUAACAAGUUUUAAAGUUGAUAUAUAUUUCAAGUGCUAUUGUUAACAGUAAUUGUAUAAGAAGAUGUAUUCUAUUGGAAGUAUUAUUGUAACUAUCCUUUUGGUGUUAGGUAGUGAGGGAAAACCUACAGAUUGGUUUAACAGACUACAAUCAGACUCUCAUACAUGGUUUGGUGAAAGAGACACCUCUUAUAAAACAGUUCCAAAUGGAUGUGGAGGGAAACCCGCGGACGUGUAUUUUGUUCUGGAUACAUCCGAUGACGUCACAGCAGAGGAGGUAGAGAAACAGAAACAGUAUGCUAGUGAAUUGGUAAAUCUGUUCUAUCUGGAGCAAGAUACUGUUCGAGUAGGCGUGGUGGCGUACGGCGACAAACCAAAACUUAUUAUCCGAUCUGGAGUCUUGGACCAACAUCAUCAAAUAAGAAACGCCAUUGCAGCAGUUCCUAAAAUUGGCGGGAAAAAAGAUACCGGAAACGUUUUGAGUUAUUUGGACACUAAAGUAUUCACCGACUUUGGAUCUCGACGAGACGCAGGACAUUUUAUUAUCAUGUUAACCAAUGGAAACUCUGGAAAGUCUAAAAUGGAAUCAUGGAAUGCCAAUUCCUUAAAGAAAAAGGGAGUGUAUAUCUUCACAGUAACGACUGGCCGAAAGUCAAAAAUGGUGCACAUGGCCUCUUCUCCAGCAGAACGAUUUGUGUUUUCACAUGAUAAUCUGAAGAUAGUAGAAUCAUUAAUCAGCCUUCUUCACAUCAAGGAAUGUGACUAUCAGAUAAGUCCCCCAUUUGAAGGUGAAGUCAAAGUUUGUGAAGCUAAAAGACCAGUUGACGUAAUCUUUGGAGUAGAACAUUUUGGUUUGGGAACCAGUCGAGCUGGUGACGUCAUCAGCUUUAUUUACGAUAUAUUAAGAGAAUUUGACACCAAUGGUGACAUCAAUACCGGGAUGAUGCUCAGCAAAUCCUCGGGGUUGAGUGCUGGAGGAAAAUUGGUAGGAAUCAAAGAUCUACAAGACAAAAUCGCUAAGAUUCGAUUUCCAAAUUUGGCUGAUUUACUUAGAAGAAUGAGACGAAGUUUUUCACGAGGAAGAAAGGGUAUGCAGAGAACGGCUGUGGUAUUUUUAGAUGAAAAUGUCGAAAUAACGAAAAAGGCUAAAAUAGAAGCGAAAAGAAAUAAAUUUGUAAAGAUUGAAACCUAUGUGAUAUACAUUGGUAAAAAAGACAAUAUGAAAAAUUUAAAGAUGAUAGCCAAUGGUUAUGGCGGUGAUAACGUAAUAAUAAUACCAUCUUAUGAUGACUUGCCGAUCUUUAAACUUGACAUUUUAAAAACAGUUUGUAGAGGUUUUUAAAGUAACGGUACAGAACCAUCUAUAAUCAAUUCCAUUCCAUGAUAUAAUAACCGGUGAGAAAGUAACUAAUGGUGACGUGUGCAAUAUAUUUAAAGUUUUAUGGUCGUCAAAAUGAUCGAAAAAAGUGUUAUCUAUGGAUAAAAGCCACAAAUUAGACUAUUCCAUCGUUUAAUAAGCCAUCGAUUAUAAUUCCGUCCAGUUGGAGUUUGAACAACAAAAUCAUUAGGAGACAAAAUGUGAAUCCAUAAAUAACAAAAUGUGAACACAUUGCUCGAAGUUUUUAAGGAGGUGCGAUAUUUAUUUCUGCUCAAUAUUUUUGUCUACAAUUUGUGCCAAAUGUGAUCGUUUUAUGUUUUAUGUUUUAUGUUUUAUGUAUGUAUUGUAUAUGAAGAUUAUUUAUUAAUAAAAUAUAUUAUUAAAAUU